CGGGGCUCGGGCCACCACUCGGACCCCUUCGCCGUGAUUGGGACCAUCUUCCUGUGGAUCUUCUGGCCUAGCUUCAACUCUGCGCCCACGACGCUGGGAGACGGGCAGCACCCGACGGCCCUCAACACAUACUACUCCCUGACCGCGAGCACGCUCAGCACCUUCGCCUUGUCAGCCCUUGUCGGGGAAGAUGGUCGACUGGACAUGGUCCACAUCCAGAACGCAGCACUGGCCGGAGGGGUUGUGGUGGGGACAUCCAGCGAAAUGAUGCUGACGCCCUUUGGGGCCCUGGCAGCUGGCUUCUUGGCUGGGACUGUCUCCACGCUGGGGUACAAGUUCUUCACCCCCACCCUUGAAUCAAAAUUCAAAGUCCAAGACACAUGUGGUGUCCACAACCUCCACGGUAUGCCCGGCGUCCUGGGGGCCCUCCUGGGGGUCCUUGUGGCUGGGCUGGCCACCCACGAAGCUUAUGGAGAUGGCCUGGAGAGUGUGUUUCCGCUCAUAGCCAAUGGCCAACGCAGUGCCACAUCGCAGGCCAUGCACCAGCUCUUUGGGCUGUUUGUCACGCUGAUGUUUGCCUCUGUGGGUGGGGGCCUUGGAGGACUCCUGCUGAAGCUGCCUUGCCUGGACUCCCCCCCAGACUCCCUGUGCUACGAGGACCAGAUUUACUGGGAGGUGCCCCAGGAGCAUGAAGAUAAAGCCCAGGAACCCCUGAGGGUGGAAGAAUCUGACACUCAGGCCUGACCUGCUGCAGCCCCUGAGAGGAUGCGCUCCCUGUGGAAGAUGGUGGUUGGCUGCUACUGGGAAGUUCUGCCUUUCUAGCUCUGCCUGGGAGGGGGGUGGUAGGUGGCUGGGGACACAUGGAGGGUGGAGUGAGCUGAACCGGCUGCGGUUGGAGGAGAGCCUCCCCGGCUGCCCACCCCACUGUCCUACCAGCCUGCAUUAUGGGUUGAAGGGGCCAAGACACUGCCCAUCCACUGGUCCCGCGUCACAUUGUCACAGUGAAGCCCGAACCAGACCUGGCUCUCUGAGGGCAAUAAACCACUGUCACUAAGAA